AUGGGUAGUUCGGCCGGAGUAGUAUUCCCAAUCACGCUUAGCUUGGAUGGGAUUAAGGGGCAAUUAAGAUGGAGGUUUGCGCCGAACAAUUGGGCCGAGCCAAAUGGCCUUGCUGUCUUGGAUGCAAUACCCCAAGGCGUAAUCAAUGUCAUUCACGGCAUCAUCGAACCAGCGCCAGUUUGCGAGAUGGGAGGGAUGAUCAAGAAGGCCGAGCACAUGAGGGAAGUGCUCUCUGUUCAACCCGCCGUGAAGAAAGGAAAGACCAUGGUAAAAGACGUCUUAACUUUUUCAAGCAAGGACUUGGAGAGAAUUCAAACGCCUCAUAAAGAUGCCUUAGUAGUGACCCUUCACAUCAAGGACUUUGAUAUGAAAAGCAUUCCAAUUGACCAGGGGAGCUUGGUCGAGAUCAUGUAUUACGAUGCGUUGAAACAGGUAAAGUUGGAGGACAAAGAGUUGGCUCCAACAACGUCCCCUUUGGUAGGCUUUAACUCUCAACCCGAAUGGCCGAUCGAAAGGAUUAUAUUGCUGGUCAAAGCUGGGUCAGUCAUGAAGCAAGUGGAAUUUUGGGUGCUUAAGGUUCCAUUAACCUACAACUUCACCCAAGGAAGGGGUUGGUUGCACGUCAUGCAGGUAGUAGCGUCGACUUAUCACCAAGUCCCACGCUUCCAGCGCUAG